GUAUUUCACAAAGACAAGCAGAGAUGUAAGCUCUGCAUUUCUUCUUACUCCAAAUCGGAGUGCAGUAAGUGUAGUGUCAGGCUCUGCCUGAAUGGAAACAAGAAUUGCUUCUUGGCAUUCCACAACAAGUCAUAAGACUGGAGUAGCAGGGAAUACAGCGUGCUUCAAUUCGUCGGUUCCUUUGUUUUGUGGAGGGGAGCACCUUUAUUGACCAAUGACUCCCACAGGAAUCCUAUGUCUGUAAGCUAUAAUAAACACCGCAAAACUUUGAAACUUUUUUCAGGUGUUCUUUAUGUUUUGAGAAGCACAGAAACAAAAUUUUGAAUUUUUCCCUCGGCGUACAAAAAUUCGGGCAAGAAUGGGUUAGGGUAACUUACCCAAGGCCGGCACCGUCUUGGUGACUCGAAUUCAAAUGAACUCUCAAUAACGGAGAGUUAGUUAUAAAUAGCAUGACAUUUUUGCUGGAACACGUAGCGAGGUCCAAAGCUCUUAGGAGACGAGCUCUUGCACAUUGCUUUAAUCAGCGCACAUAUUACGUCAGUGUUAUGUGGGAGUUUGAUGAUGUACUUACCCUCUUCUUGUUUUGCUUCCUUGCAUAUCCUUUAAGGUCUGCAAGUACGUUUUCUUUUGAUAGCUCUUCACAAAGUGCCUUCACUGUCUCCUAGUCGUGGAAGAGCAUAAGUAUCGCAGUGAAUCAAAACAUAGCAAAAGGUUGCUAGUCCGACUCUUUCCGAGGCUACUACUAUGCAUUACCGAUACUCUGCUACCACUAUACCCUGCUAUCGGCAGCAAUGUCGCUCUCAUCAUUGCCUCCCAAACUGCUAGUAUGAUAGUACUGACCUGAGAAGAUUUUAUUUCUUUCAUCAGCAAUGUCCACUGGGCAUCAUCACUGCUGAUACACAGUUUUGCUCUACCCCUGAGCUCCUUCAAAUUGUCGACUGCCAAGAGUGCAUCUCGUAGAACAUCAACAGUUUUCUGCAGAGGAGAAACACAGCAUUCCUGUGAAAGUGCACUGCUCCUAAAUUGUGUACUCUCACAGUUGCCGUCGAAACUGUUUGCACCACAUUGGCACUUUUCUCCUCCUCGUGUCUCUUAAUCUUCUCUUUCAUCCAGUCAGGAACAAUUUGUAAAAGAGCAUUUUCCUUUCCUUCGUCAGGACCUGUAUUAUCUGGUGGUUUACUCGAACAAGGUGUUUGCUUGUGGGGUGCAUUCUGCUGUGUGGAUUGACCCCACAGUGCUCCUGGCCAACCACUUGGCUGGAUGUUUUGUGGAGACUGCUGGAUAAAAAACAAAACAAGAACACUGUUAAAAGGCAUUUACAAAAAUCUUACUGGGUGGCAUAGGCUUUCCUUCAAUCUCAAAGGAAUGUUAUCACCUUAUUUGCAUAGACUGCCAGUGGUUCCCCCCUCUAUACACCGCGUCAAAGGUCUUGCAAUGCUCCCCCAAAAUAGGCCCAAAACAGCAAAUACUGGUGUCAUACCCAUUAUGGAAUUGCACCCACACCUCCAAGAUGAAAAUCCUGUGCAUAUCCCUGUACACUACAUUUAUGUUAAAGUAUUAGGUCAAACAUUUUCAGUCCCACUAUGAUUCAAUUGUAGAAAUUUUGUUCCAGUACAUAGCUUCAAGAUGGUGACAGAUAUCCAAUAUGGAGUGCAGUACCAAUCAAGCUAAGAACAUGGUUAAGCCUGGUUCAUGAUAAUGGUUUGAACACAUGUUCACACUCAGUAAGAACUCCAGCCCUGGUGCACCCUACAGCAAUAGUGUUCACCAUUGGGAGUGGUUGGCUCCAAGGCAGAAGAGCAGGAGGAGGACCUUGAUGAGAUGCCUGACUGAAGGUAUUGGGCUGAAUGGCACAGAACGGACUGGGCUGCUGCUGGAAGGGUGCGGCAUAGUUGUAUGAUGGCUGGGAUGGCUGGAAGUUGGCAGGCCAUGUGCCAGUGCUUGGAGGUGGAACGGAUGCAGCCUGAGGAUGUACGACAGGAGGUGGCGGUGGGUACUGCUGCCAGUAUGACAUGCUGCGAACGUAUAAACCAAACAAUAGUGAUAUUGACUGUAGCGAUCAGUCGUUUGGUACUGCUUGUAGCCCACGCGCUGCAAAUGUAUCCAAGCUGUAUACUGCUACAUUGCAUCACUUAUUAUUAUCGUAGCGUGCGGGGAUCACAAGUUUUCUUUUUUGUUGGUUGAUUCUUUUAUCAACAAAAAAGCAAGUUAUUUUCUAUACUAUGUGAAGUAAACUAUGUCGAACUAGAGUCACUAAAUGGCUGCACGUAGCUAUUUAGUCGCUCUAGGUUGAACAUGCUUCUAGUUUCUACAUUCUACAUGAUGUAGUUGUGUACAAGCCUGGGACAUCUGUUUUCUUAGACGUUUGGUAGCAGCCAUAACAAAAGUGCCAUCGUUCACUUGGAUGUGGGUGUAGCGCUAUGAUUAUACGCUUUGGGGAAGAGGCAAAAACAUAACUCUAGCAUGAGGUGACCACCGAGUGUGCCACACUAUUGCCCGCUGUCACAGCCUUCUUUUGCUAGGCGAGUAGCUGUAUAUGAUUAACAGCCACAAAAAGGCCGUUCCUAGUUCAUUGUAAUACCUUGUGGUUAAUUCCAGGCAAGCCUUAACAGUGUUGACCUCGGAAUGAUUAAAAUUUCACAACCAUUCAAGACAUGCAAGUAUGCAACAUGCCGGUUGCCGUGGGAACCAGAGGUAGCGCCCUUCGCCGGAUAAAUAAGCAACUUUAUUUUGUUGUAUUGUCUCGACAGAUGUCGCGAGAUCUCUUCGCUGAGCAAAGCGGCGCAAUACUGACCGCUUUGAUUGUGCUCAAAGUUGUCAUUUUUAUUUGAUUAUUUAACGCAUGGAUAUCAGUUGACACUCACCUUUCACCGGUAACGUCCGUGAGGCCGCUUGUGAGAAGCAAAUCGUAAGAGUUUGUCUGGCACAGUCAGUACAACAAGAUGGACCAUGAAUCGUUGGCGGAAAGAAUACUUCUGGACUUGAGCAAUGCCUUCAAGAAAGAGCCAUACAUUAAGGAGUUCGAUGUGCUUCCUGUGAGCAACUCGUCCUGCAACCGCAGUCCAGUGGUCUGUGUGGACGGCCACCUUGCUCUGGGAAGUUGGUGCAUCCCGCAUGUCUAUGGCUAUGCCUACUCCAAGCUCAUGGAAGCCCGAAGCAACAUCGGCAGAUAUGAAAAAGACGCAGUUCUUGGUUGGUCGAGGCUGGUUAUCUUGGUGAACCCAGAUGUACAGCUGGCAUGGAACGUAAGGAAAGAACUGUUCUUAUGCAAACAAACUACCUUUGAAGAGGAGCUCAAAUUCUCGCAUCUGGUUCUUACACGGAAGCCAAAGUGCUCUGAGGUGUUUGCUCAUAGACGAUGGAUAUUACAACAUACAUUACCGGGCCUUUCUAGCGAUAGGAUGGGCAAUAUUCUGCAGGAAGAGCUUAAAGCCUGCCAACUGGCAGCAAACAAAUACCACUCAAACUAUUAUGCUUGGGCAUACCGGAUAUGGCUCAUGGACAGCUUUGUACAUGGAAACCCUUUGGUACUCGAAUCAGAGAUCCAGAUGACACGGGAUUGGGUGCAAAACCAUGUGUCGGACUGCAGCGGUUUUCACUACCGGCAGUACCUGCUCAAACGAGUGGGCAGCUCUCCACUACUUGUUCGGGAACUUGCCCUGUGUGACGAGCUGUGUCUGCAGUUUCCAGGACACGAAGCUAUCUGGAGCCACCGCCGCUUCUGCCUCUGGUGGUUACACCCACCAACGUCAGUCGCAGCGACAAACGGAGAACAGUCAUUGGCCAAGAAAGCGCGUGGCACGACCGAUUGGUGUGCAACGGAAGAAGCUUUUUUGGCUUGUUGCGCUGGUCAGGGAGCGUGGCAGGACACACUGGUUCACCGUCACGUUCAGUGGUUACGGAACGUACUGAAUUGGAUGGGGUCGGUUCCAUGAUAAAGAGUAUUGUCUACAGCAGGGAGAUUGAGAAUUCGGCAAAUGGCUCCAGACACUGCUACUGGUGCUCUGAAACUCGCCAAGCUAGAGAGCAAACAGAAGUCUUCCAGGAGCUGUGCGAACGCAAAACAGGAUGAUGGAUCGCACCCCCAAUUUCCAUCGUGCUUGUCUUUCACAAAAUAAGUUAAUGUGAUGGUCCCUUGAGACCGUGAUACCAUUCUCUCUUGAGGCCAUCAGCUACGAGUGAGACAGAGGCAGGGCAGGUAGAGUUAGAGUGAGAGAGAGGUAGAGGACUUGCGACAUCUUUUUUCGGGUAGGCUAUCACAUGGUACGUGCAUAUAGUAGCACUGCACGUUAUGUUUCUACGCCGCAAGGUUAUGGUGCUAUAUGCUUUUAAGGGGUGCCAUAUUGCAUAACGAUGCCAACACUGAGAGACUUGAGGGCUUCUGUGCACUUUCAAGUUUACAUUGCAGGGCACGAAUAAUGUCUUGUGGCACAUUGGCACUUUGCAGAGGCUGUUACGUAUAAAGUAGGUGCUGGUGUGAGGAUUCAUGUAGGACAUUCCACAUCUAAUGACUAUGGAGUAUCAAAGGGCGACGUGCCGUGGUUUGAGGCAGUCUCUGCACUCUACGGACACCUUAAAAGAUGUUUAAUCCGUAAUCUCACUUUUGCCCAUGGCUUUCUCCUCAGAACGUGCCACAGACCCCUGCACUGCAUCUUUCUCUGGAAAAAAAAAAGCACUACCUCUACUACUGUGCAGCAUAUUCUUGGUAUCACGCAAAGUGUUUUCGUCUUACCUUAAAAAAUGAGUGAAAUAAAACUUGCGUGGCAUCAACUGCGUACCACACACGAGUAAAGCUGUGCCAUUCUGUGGGGUCCAUGCCGCAUUAUUUUGUACAGGUUCUCACAUUUGCACGUGCGGGCAGUUCACAAGAACAUCACCACUUUUAAUGAGUAUUACUUUUACUUUAAAGUAGGUAGGAAGCAAAGGGUUGCAACUUGUUUCAUAUGUCAGUUACACUUACCUGUAACACUGUGAAAUGAUAUAGCUGAGGCAUGGAAGGUUGGAACCACAUGCUUUCUUUGAAAACGUGUUCCUGUCAGCUCUUCCUGAUGUGGCACAUGAGCACCAUGUUGGCAGAGUUGUUGUUACUAUAUUGUUACUGUCAUUACUAUUUUAAGAUCAAUAUUUUUCUAGUCCGUAGCACGUGGACAGCGCUAGUUUUGUGUAACAACGUCCAACUGUUUCAUGUAGCCUAGCUGUACCGUGCAGUGCACAGCAAGUGCUCACUAACCACAUUAUUGUUUCAAGAGGUGUUCUUUGUCAGAGAAAUAUAUACCGUAGCAUGAAAGAACAUUUUCAGACUAGAGUAUGAUACUGGAAUGUGUUCAUUAGAAAGUUGCUCAAGCGGAAUGUGUUGCAUCUCCCAAAUAAAAUAGCUAAUAGCACAGCAAAGUUCCCCCCCCCCCCAUGUGUUGCUGUUGUGGGGGCGUAUGUUUGUCAGAAAGUAUUGUGGUUUCCAUACAGGUGCAUCUAACAUAAAAGCUGAUGCGCUUUGGAGCACGUAACAAUAUAGUAAAAACUGCACGAACAAAUAGAUAUUUUUAUUAUCCCUGUAGGUUGGCCCUGUGGCCGAUUAAUAUGGUAAAGCUUGUACACCAGUGUAGGCAACAAGAAGUCACAUUGUGGUCAUGAGUGCUAAAGUAUGUAGUGAGAGAAUUGUUAAACGUAGCAUAAUACCUGACAAUGAUUUUCGUGGUGUCUAUCAUUCAAAGUAACUUUUGCUGUAAAAGUUCUUAAGUUGGGAAUGUGACAUUAUUUGUCUCGAGGAUUACUUUUAUUUCCAACAGAGGCAACAUUGAGUAAGCUUCGUGACAUUGCAAAAUGCAGUUCUUCAAGUACAUCUUUGAGCAGUGUGUCCACUUUAUUUGAGUAGAAAUUUGUGCCGGGCUUUUUCAGUAGGUCUAGUCACGUUCACGCGGUUUUAUUCUCAUUUUUUGCCAACCUCUGUCAAGCUUAUGUGUCACUACAAAGUGAUUGCCAUCGCAUCAAAUGUUUCGGAUUUGACUAAACCAAAUCAUCGAGGUACUUUUAGACCUGCACGAUAACUUACAGCUGAGGCAUAAUAGCACCACAGUCUAUUUUCGUACUUAAACACGGUGUUAGCCAGACUAUAGCUAAGUCAUUGUAUGACAGCGCUAGAAAAGGAAAAAAAAGGACUCCUACUCAUUGUCAAACUUGAUGUUGUUUGAUGUCACACUUGUGGGCAGAGUUCAGCGUGCUGGUUCUGCCACAUGGUACUCGCACUGCUCAUUCAGCAGUUUCUGCUGAAAGCGACUAAUUGUACGUAACACACACAUGCCCUUUACCUUAAUGAAGAAGCAAUAUCUGCAUGUAGUGUGCAUAACUUCUAGAAGGACAAAUAGUACAAAUGCAUGUGCUUGGUAAUUGUUGUUCUCAAGAAAUAUAUUGUGUCCACAUUGUUGGAAAAGUGCAUCAUGCUCUGCUUUGAGGUGCUCUCAGUACCCGUUGGUUGGCAUGGGGAAAGACUUUAUUAAAGCUGUUUGCAAAGCGAGCAAAAGUG